GCACAGGCUGAGGAGGCAGCCCCGACAGAUCCGGUCUACCCGUCCAACUUGAGUGCUGCCUUGUACGAGACUGGGGACUAUAUAAGCUGCAUAGACGCGAUUUCGCGUGCCUGGAAGCGCUUAUCUACUGCAUAUCAAGAGUCUAACAGGAGUCUGCAGUCUCGCCUAUCCCUCAGAUUGGCCAAGGCUCUAUGUCACGGAAUCCGCAACGGAUCAGUGAAAUCUGAAGACUUGACGCGACACCGAGAGCUGAUCAUUGCUCUGAGUGACCCUUCCUCAUUCCAAGAAGCUCAAGCUUCAGACCUGGAGAGCGCUUGGAAGGAAUGGGACAAGCUGCAGCCGGAGCUGGAUGACCGAGUCGAAGCUGUCACGACGGCUUUAGGUCAGCUGUCGCGUCUGCCAAUAUUCAAAGCCAUCGGUCAUGAUGAUAUAAUGUCUAUCAUCGAUAACUGGGGCUCGGGUUUUGCUCAACCCAUAAAGCUGAACCAGUUGACUCCUGCGCAGCUAUCUAAUUUAUCUUUCUUUUUCGGCGGUGUCGGCGAUGCUCGACAUGUCUUUGGCUCCCUGAUCGGGUUCCAUAAAGCAUACUCAAAAUUGUCCAGCAGCAAACGCAACAACGCCCGAGUGCAUAUGACCCUGUGCGACAUACAUCCUACGGCUCUGGCCCGAGACCUGGUACUCUUCAUGCUCGUACAGCAGCUGAUCGAAACAUCCGACAAGGUCUCGGUGUUGGAGAUCAAGGCGACGUUCAUGUAUAUGAUGAUGACGACUAUCAAUGACCUCGAGAAGCGCCUCCUGGACAGUCCACCGACAUUGCCUGAAUGGUUGCACGUCGAUUCAGCAGCUGUCGAGCCCGUGCUAGACGUACUAAAGUACUGGAAGGCAGCCACGAAGGUCAAAACAACGCAGAAGCUUUCCAUGCUGGACUCGCUCAAUCUUUCACCAGCAUACAGAGCCAUGCUCGACGCCCGUAAACAACAAAAGCGGGAGGAGGUGCAGAGGAUGAUGGGUCCAAUGAGCGACGUAGAGCUUGCACGCCUAUAUAGCCUUGGCCCGGACCGCAUGGGAGAGGACCCAUGCAAGGGUAAUAAGCUCACCCCGAAGCAGAGAGAGAAAUUAGCAGAUUAUCUCCUUGACGAGCUCUACGUCAAUAACACAGCAAGCAAUAGCGAUAUGAUUUUCGAGGAAUCUUGGUACGAGCUCGCGGAGUGUUACGUACCGCCACCCGAACUCUGGGGAAGACAUGAAGGCUUCCAGGUAUUUCGUGCUCUUACAGACGGAAAGGUCACGGCUAGCGACCGUGAAAUCCCAGAACGAGUGGCGCGAACAUGGUUGCCGAACAUCACAUUAUUCGACGGGGCUACGCACGGUGAUCAUGACUAUCCGAAUAUGCGUUUCGAUGCCUUCCAAGCCCCUCGGCAAGUCUUGACAUUCAAUGAGUGGUCGGGUCUGGAAGAGAAAGCUCCUUCAAGCGUAAAACGAUAUGCGCCCGUGUUCCUCCACAUGUCCCAUUUCCUGGACGCCACUAUGAAGGCAGUCAAAGAAUGUGGAUCGUGUCUCAAGCUCGAAAUACUGUACGGAGAGUUGACUCAAGAACUGGGGAAAAUGAGGUUCGGCGGCGAUCAUACGCGUCCGGAGUCCUUCCCAAGACACUUUACAAGGAUAUGGUUGAGCAAUGUGCCUGACUAUACCCAUGGUCCCAUGAAUAUGGUACUGUAUACCCUCCCCAAUCUGCAGGCGGAUCAUAACAUGUCUGCGGCUGCCUCGAAUUGCCUGCUUAAUACGGGAAUUUGGCAUGACGAUACGGAGCUGAUCCAUACAUAUACAUUACUUCAUCCGCAUGAUGUACCUCGCUUCCUAGGGUGCCGCCUGGUCCACACAGCCGCCAUCCAAGACGUGCUCGUAAUGGCACCUCUACCGUUACCUCGGCCGCUCACAGAACUGGCGUCUCGGUGGGAGCUCACUGCCUGGCUGACGAAGGUGCUGCUCUACACCAUGGUCCCAGGGAACCCCGGGCGCAUGGAGGCAGUCAGGGUCCGCCUACCCAACAGCCUGUCUGCGUUCAUCGCCCUCCUCGUGCACCUGGGCCGCGUCGGGUUCCCCGCUCACUGGUUGUCCGAGUUCCUACAGAGUGUGUUGAAGGACGACCUCACGACGGAUAUCGCGCCGUACCGCGGCAAGCUCCCGAUCCCGCUGUCGGACCUCCAGCGCCGGGUGCCGAGGCGGAAGGUCUGCCUGCACCCCCUGCAGGCGGAGAUGGAGAACCUGCUUGCGACGGCGUACCGCGGGCUGCCGUUCGCACUCGCCCUUCCCGACGGGUUCGCGACGUCGCCCGACGAAAUCGGCCUGUACGAGACACAGAUCGAGCCGACGCUCAUGAACGCGAUGAUGCCGAUGCUGAACAACAACGACGCGACCAACUGCCUGCUGUUCUACAAGACGAACGUCGCGAGCGCGGACAAUCUCGUCCCGCGCAUCGGGAAUAUCGUCGAGGGCCAGAACCCGCCGAAGGCGGGGAGUAUGUAUAUCAUCACGGCGCCGGUGUAUGUGGACACGCAGGCGAAGGUCGUGCGGUGGUCCAUGAGCAAGGCGCGGUUCGGCCGGAUGCGGUAUGAUCAGAUGAAGAAGGAGAAGUGGGCGGUGGUGCUUUACCGCAGCGACACGUCGGAAGCAGGUGAGUGUACUUUGGUUGGCAAGGUACGAUGGCAGCCGUCUGAUAUUAUUCGCGAUCUAGUUAGCCAGCCUACUCCGCUUUCGAAGUGGAAAGCUGUGAAGCAAGACUAG